AUAAGAAAGAAAUCCAACGGUUAGAGUUAGUAUUGAAGUACCCAGUUUCAAGAGUCUGGCAUAAGAAUCAACCCCAUUCGAUCGAGAAGCCGCCAUCUUCAUCAAAAUCGUCUGAGGCAUUCGAUAGCCGUGCUCGAAGUUGAAGAAUUAGGAUUGCUAUGGGGAAGCAACCGGUCCGGAUGAAGGCUGUGGUCUACGCCUUAUCGCCAUUCCAGCAGAAGAUCAUGACAGGGUUAUGGAACGACUUGACCGGCAAGAUUCACCACAAGAUCUCCGAGAACUGGAUCAGUGCCGUCCUUCUAGUUACUCCCGUCGUCGGCACCUACACGUAUGCACAGCAGUACAAGGAGAAGGAAAAGUUGGCCCACAGGUACUGAAGGCGCCUGGUCCCAGGGUUACCUUGAAGAAGAACUUUUGAACAUGUGACCAUUUUGUUAUGCAUCGUGAUAAACUAAACGGAGCUGUGUUUUCUUAGACUAUGAGGAUGUGGUUUUAUAUUGAGGAACAUUUUCUCGCUUGUUUGUUGGAAUAAAUUACAACAUUUUUUAUGAUGUGAAAAUGAAUAUAAGAAGAUGGUGUAACAUGUAUUGGGAUGGUGCGUGCAGACUUCGAUUAGAUUCAAUUCUGAUUCUACCACCUGAAGCAGAAGCACCUUAUUUAUCUUUCA